GCGCGGGGUGAGAGGCGCGGGGAAGGGGGCUGCCUGCUUCCCUCGCCCUCGUCCCCCACCGGCGGGCCCCGGCAGGAAUUCGGGAGCCGCGCGGCCAGGCCUUCUUAGCGCCCUGACAUUUGGGGGCGACUGGUGAACCCGCCGCCCUACCCCCACCCAGCCCCACCUGGACAGCUGAAUCUGAGGGAACGACCCUGCCCUUUUAAAGAGACUUUUUCUUGCUCCUGCGGAGGGCCGCCCCAGCCAUGGCCCCCAGGAGCCCCCUAGGACCCGCAGGGACUUCUCUCCAUCCUGGCCGCCGGGGCCCGCCCUCUGCCUCCCGCGGGCAGCCUGUGUGAAGCGGCCUCCCGCAGCCCCCGGCCCCUCCCCCAUGGAGGAGGAGGUGGGGGGGGCGGCCAAGGAGUGGGGCACGACCCCCGCGGGGCACGUCUGGACCGCGGUGUUCGACUACGAGGCGGCGGGCGACGAGGAGCUGACCCUGCGGAGGGGCGACCGCGUCCAGGUGCUGUCCCAGGACUGGGCCGUGUCCGGCGACGAAGGCUGGUGGACCGGGCAGCUACCCAGCGGCCGCGUGGGCGUCUUCCCCAGCAACUACGUGGCCCCCGGCCCCCCCGCCGCGCCCGCGGGCCUCCAGCUGCCCCAAGAGAUCCCCUUCCACGAGCUGCAGCUAGAGGAGAUCAUCGGUGUUGGGGGCUUUGGCAAGGUCUAUCGGGCCCUAUGGCGUGGCGAGGAGGUGGCUGUCAAGGCCGCCCGGCUGGACCCUGAGCGGGACCCAGCAGUGACAGCAGAGCAGGUGCGCCAGGAGGCCCGGCUCUUCGGAGCCCUGCAGCACCCCAACAUCAUUGCCCUCCGAGGCGCCUGCCUUAGCCCCCCACACCUCUGCCUGGUGAUGGAGUAUGCCAGGGGGGGCGCACUGAGCAGGGUGCUGGCGGGUCGCCGGGUGCCCCCUCACGUGCUGGUCAACUGGGCUGUGCAGGUGGCCCGGGGCAUGAACUACCUACACAAUGAUGCCCCUGUGCCCAUCAUCCACCGGGACCUCAAGUCCAUCAACAUCCUUAUUCUGGAGGCCAUCGAGAACCACAACCUCGCAGACACGGUGCUCAAGAUCACAGACUUCGGCCUCGCCCGCGAGUGGCACAAGACCACCAAAAUGAGCGCCGCGGGGACUUACGCCUGGAUGGCUCCGGAGGUCAUCCGUCUCUCCCUCUUCUCCAAAAGCAGUGACGUCUGGAGCUUCGGGGUGCUGCUUUGGGAGCUGCUGACGGGGGAAGUCCCCUACCGGGAAAUCGACGCCUUGGCCGUGGCAUACGGCGUGGCUAUGAACAAGCUGACGCUGCCCAUCCCCUCCACCUGCCCCGAGCCCUUUGCCCGCCUACUGGAGGAAUGCUGGGACCCGGACCCCCACGGGCGGCCAGAUUUCGGCAGCAUCUUGAAGCAGCUGGAAGUCAUCGAACAGUCAGCCCUGUUCCAGAUGCCGCUGGAGUCCUUCCACUCGCUGCAGGAAGACUGGAAGCUGGAGAUCCAGCACAUGUUUGAUGACCUCCGGACCAAGGAGAAGGAGCUGCGGAGCCGCGAGGAGGAGCUGCUGCGGGCGGCGCAGGAGCAGCGCUGCCAGGAGGAGCAGCUGCGGCGGCGGGAGCAGGAGCUGGCCGAGCGCGAGAUGGACAUCGUGGAGCGGGAGCUGCACCUGCUCAUGUGCCAGCUGAGCCAGGAGAAGCCGCGGGUCCGCAAACGCAAGGGCAACUUCCCGCGCAGCCGCCUGCUCAAGCUGCGGGAAGGCGGCAGCCGCAUCAGCCUGCCCUCCGGCUUCGAGCAUAAGAUCACAGUCCAGGCCUCUCCGACCCUGGAGAAGCGGAAAGGAUCUGAUGGGGCCAGCCCCCCCGCGAGCCCCAGCAUCAUCCCCCGGCUGAGGGCCAUUCGCCUGACUCCCUUGGAUGGUGGCGGUGGCAGCAGCAGUGGCAGCAGCAGUGCUGGCAGUGUGACGUGGGGCCGCAGCGGGCCCCCAAAGAAGGAAGAACUGGUUGGGGGCAAGAAGAAAGGCCGGACCUGGGGCCCCAGCUCCACCCUGCAGAAGGAGCGGGCGGGAGGAGAGGAGAGGCUGAAGGCCCUCGGGGAAGGAAGCAAACAGUGGUCAUCCAGCGCCCCCAACCUGGGCAAAUCCCCCAAACACACACCCAUCGCCCCUGGCUUCGCCAGCCUCAAUGAGAUGGAGGAGUUCGCGGAGGCGGACGAAGGCGGCAGCGUGCCCCCCUCCCCGUACAGCACCCCGGCCUACCUCACGGUGCCGCUGCCCGCCGAGGCGCAGAGAACGGCCCUUCGCCUGUCCCCGCCGGGCUCCGAUGUCCCAGCCCAGCGGCGACCCCCUGGAUGCCAAGGCGGCCUCCUGCUUAGCAUGCGGAGGGGUGGGGUCUGUGUCCCCAUGGCCCUCGCUGCUGAGGGUCCUCGGGUGACUGAGACACAGGCCCAAGCAGGGGUGGCAAAUUCUAAUGCCCACAGGGGCCAGGCAAGUGACAUUAAUGGCAGCAGUAAUAAUUAG